UUCUCGCUUGCAUAUCAUAUAAUAUGUCAAAAAAGAUCGUAAGGUCGCGUUUCAUUUUCUCUGCAGCAUAUUUCUUGUUUAUACCUGUCGUAACAAGAACCUGGAGUAUUUUGUUACUGAUGACACAAUUUGGCCUAGACAGCAUUAUUCAAUUCCUUAUUUCAGCAUUUUGUCAGUCAAAAUGAAUCAGGAAAAGUUGAUUUUGAAACCAUCAACUAACACACGUACCGUUUUCUGUUUAGUGUUGGUGGUGUUAAUGUGUUGUGGUGAAUUUGUACGUAUCGAGAUGAUUCUGAAGCAACAAAAUACGAAAAUACAACAGUUGGAGAUCAAGAUGACCUUUCAAGCAGUUAAUGUAGACAAGAUGGCGGCAACCAAAGGAAAGGKUCUAGAACAACUCGCUUUAGACGUUAAGGAAUGUUGUGGAAGGACAAAGAAACGAAUACAAAGGAGUGUYGACGGACAAGACUUAGUAAUGCAGAAAGAAACCGGCAACCAUACGAAGAGUGAGAGUCGUCUUGUUGAAAAACUGACCAAAAUAAUCGAUCAGAAAAUGAGCAAAGCUAUCUCUKCUAAGMACUUUAUCGCUAUACGAGGKARAAGAGGCAGAAGAGGACCCAGAGGACCACCAGGACCMAUGGGUAAACCAGGUAGAACAGGCAAGCAAGSAAUWCCGGGACUAAAAGGKGAUCCAGGACAAAAUGGAGCUCCUGGUCCUCGAGGCAUGCCGGGACCRAAAGGGGACCGCGGUCCUUCGUUAGAACAUCCAUCAGUUGUCAUCUCUCCGCCUYAUUURAUCGUCAAUGAAAGCAAACCAGCCAUUUUACACUGUUCUGCAAGUGGAUAUCCUCGACCUAAGAUCGUUUGGAGUAAAGUGGAUGGUUCAUUGUCCCACAAAAGAUCAAUGGCUGAUGAUACUGGUAAACUGUUGAUUGAAAACGUCACAUUCAAUGACUCAGGGGUAUAUCAGUGUCAUGCUUCUAAUAUCCUUGGUAAAACACAGACAAUAUCAAAACUCGAGGUGAACUUCCGUCCAAGAUUGACAUUAAAGAGCGGACCAAUCUACGCUAAGAUAGGAGACAAUGUUACUCUGCCCGUGUGUCACGUGACGGGCCAUCCACAGCCGGAAGUUGUAUGGCAGAAGCCAGUCGGGCGGUUACCAAGUAAGCGUGUCAGUCUUCGAGAUAAUCUUUUGACUUUACUAAGCAUAACAAGUGAAGAUUCUGGUGCCUAUCUGUGUAGGGCUGAAAAUCAACUUGGAUUCGAGGUAGCAGGAUGUGUUUUAGUCGUGGUACAGUUGCCUGUAAUCAUCGUUAGACCUCCGCCUGUAUUGAACGCCACACUCACCUCGACCCUUAUGCUCAAUUGUUCAGCUCAAGGUGCCCCUCCACCGAUAAUCAGCUGGAGAAAAGAAAAACAGGAUCUUCCAGUAGGACGGUAUGAAGUACGUCAUGGGUCAUUGAUGAUAAAAAAUGUGGUCAGCUCUGAUUCAGGUGUCUUCGUGUGUACCGCUACGAGUGUUGGAGUUGCUGAUAUAGUAACUAAAACACGAAUUAACAUUGUCUACAGAGACUGUGCAGAGAUCUACCAAUCAGGUGAAAGACGUAACGGUGUGUACACAAUACAUCCCGACAGUCAAGAAGCCUUUCAAGUCUACUGUGACAUGACAAGUGAUGGAGAGGGAUGGACUUUGAUCGGUCGCUUCUCUAACAGUGACACAAAGAACUGGAUGAGAGACGAUGGCUCCUGGUGGUAUGACGUCAUGAAAGGUCAAGGAAGCACCACAAGUACGUCUGUCAAUCAAGACAUGAUAUCUCCCGCCUUCUGGUCACUUCCAGGCAGUGAGUUCAAGAUCACACGAUCUGACGAUUCAACUCACACUGCUCUAUUACAAACCACAUCCAACUGCCUGGGAUCUCGUACAUUUCGUUCAAUGAUAACGAGCUAUGGAAACUUCCGCAACGGUGUCGUCUGGUCGAAUAACAAAUGUCUUGGAAGCUGUAGUGUAGCGUAUGGUGGUCGAUACUCCUCUACUGAUGGAUUCUCCCAGACAAAGUGUAACAGCAAUAUCCAAAGCAGUAAUAGGAUCGGGUUUUGGUGUCAUUGGAGUGCUGACGGAGCAGUGAUAACGAUUGGUGGAGGGGGUAGCGCAUGCGCACGAGCUGACCAUGGCAUAGGUAUUACAGAAGAGAACAAAGCUGAUUUUUCUACAACACGAGUUGAAUGUGACUUCGGAGAUAUUUUAGGACGAGGAAAAGGUUCUUGUCCGUCAUCAUCGUAUGCUCUUAAUUUGUGGAUUCGAUUAAAGAGCGGACCAAUCUACGCUAGGAUAGGAGACAAUGUCACUCUUCCCGUGUGUCACGUGACUGGCCAUCCACAGCCGGAAGUUGUAUGGCAGAAGGCAGUCAGGCGGUUACCAAGUAAGCGUGUCAGUCUUCGAGAUAAUCUUUUGACUUUAUCAAGCAUAACAAGUGAAGAUUCUGGUGCCUAUCUGUGUAGGGCUGAAAAUCAGCUUGGAUUCGAGGUAGCAGGAUGUAUGUUAGUCGUGGUACAGUUGCCUGUAUUCAUCGUUAGACCUCCGCCUGUAUUGAACGCCACACUCACCUCGACCAUUAUGCUCAAUUGUUCAGCUCAAGGUGACCCUCCACCGAUAAUCAGCUGGAGAAAAGAAAAACAGGAUCUUCGAGUAGGACGGUAUGAAGUACGUCAUGGGUCAUUGAUGAUAAAAAAUGUGGUCAGCUCUGAUUCAGGUGUCUACGUGUGUACCGCUACGAGUGCUGGAGUUGCUGAUACAGUAACUAAAACACGAAUUAACAUUGUCUACAGAGAUUGUGCAGAGAUCUACCAAUCAGGUGAAAGACGUAACGGUGUGCACACAGUAAAACCAAACAGUCAAAGAUCCUUCCAAGUCUACUGUGACAUGACAAGUGACGGAGGGGGAUGGACUUUGAUCGGUCGCUUCUCUAACAGUGACACAAAGAACUGGAUGAGAGACGAUGCCUCCUGGUGGUACGACGUCAUGACAGGUCAAGGAAGCACCACAAGUACGUCUGUCAAUCAAGACAUGAUAUCCCCCGCCUUCUGGUUUAUCAAUGGACGCAAGACCAAGAUGACACGAUCUGACGAUUCAACUCACACUGCUCUACUACGAACUACAUCCAACUGUCUGGGAUCCCGUACAUUUCGUUCAAUGAUAACGAGCUAUGGAAACUUCCGCAACGGUACCGUGUGGGCGAAUAACAAAUGUCUUGGAAGCUGUAGUGUAGUGUAUGGUGGCCAGUACUCCUCUACUGAUGGAUUCUCCCAGACAAAGUGUAGCAGUAAGAUCCAAAGCAGUAAUAGAAUCGGGUUUUGGUGUCAUUGGGGCAGCGGUGAUGGAGCAGUGAUGAUGAUUGGUGGAGGGGGUAGCGCAUGCGCACGAGCUGAUCAUGGCAUCGGUAUUACAGAAGAGGACGCAGCUGAUUUUACCACUACACAAGUUGAAUGUGACUUCGGAGAAGCUUUAGGCGAAGGAAGUGGUUCUUGCCCGUCAUCAUCGUAUGCGCUUAAUUUGUGGAUUCGAUAAACUGCUGAAUAUUUGAUUAUAUAUUCUAGCCAUUCUUUAUAGAAGCGUUGACGUGGAAUAUAUACAGAAAAAUAAUGCUAAU